AUGCAGACAUGUCAAUAUUGUAUUGGAUCAUCAUGUACUCCGGGUUUAAUUGUUCCAGAAAGCAUAAUUGAACAUGCUAAACCAGGUGGGCAGGUUUUGGCAGAGAGUAUACAGCACAGAAGCUCAUCUGACAUCAACCCUCCACAGACAGCAAGUGAUAACACCUGCAGCAUAACCAAGGACUUCAGUUGCAUCUACAGCAAAGAUCUACUCCCUGCUCUCCGUGGUGAGGACACAACCAAAAGUUUCUUCCAAGAGCUGGUGAACAUUCUCCUCAGCUAUGUCUGCAAGUCGUUCAGACGGAGCUCCAAAGUCCUGGACUUCCACCACCCUCACCAACUCAGAGAGGGCCUGGAGGGCUUCAGUCUGGAGCUCCCAGACCAGCCCGAGAACCUGGAACAACUCCUGGUCGACUGCAGGGACACCUUGAAGUAUGGAGUCAAAACAGGUCACCCACGCUUCUUCAAUCAGCUGUCAUCAGGUCUGGAUGUCAUCGGUUUGGCCGGGGAAUGGCUGACAUCUACUGCCAACACAAACAUGUUUACUUAUGAAGUGUCCCCAGUGUUCAUUCUGAUGGAGGAGAUUCUACUGAGGAAGAUGCAAGAGAUUGUGGGUUGGUCAGAGGAAGAGGGGGAUGGUGUUUUCUGUCCAGGUGGGACCAUGUCCAAUCUGUACAGUGUACUACUGGCCAGAUACCACUUCUUUCCUGAAGUGAAGACCAAAGGGAUGACUGCUCUGCCCAGGCUAAUCCUCUUCACAUCAGCACAUAGUCAUUAUUCAGUCAAGAAAUCUGCAGCAGUCCUUGGGAUAGGAAGUGAUAAUGUUGUGGUGGUGAAAUGUAAUGACCGGGGAAAAAUGAUCACUGCAGAAUUGGAGUCAAGUAUCAUUACUGCCAAAGAUCAGGGUUGUGUCCCAUUCUACGUCAAUGCCACAGCAGGCACCACUGUGUACGGAGCCUUUGAUCCUCUCAAUGCCAUCGCAGACAUCUGUGAGAGCCAUGGACUCUGGCUGCAUGUUGAUGCAGCCUGGGGCGGAGGACUGUUGAUGUCCAAGCGGCACCGUGUGAAACUACAAGGGAUUGAACGAGCCUGGUCUGUGACUUGGAACCCUCAUAAAAUGAUGGGUGCUCCGCUGCAAUGCUCAGCCAUACUGGUGAAGAAAAGGGGCCUCUUGAAAGACUGCAAUCAGAUGUGUGCUGAAUACCUUUUCCAAACUGACAAGCACUACGACACCUCUUAUGACACCGGAGACAAGACCAUUCAGUGUGGCAGGCAUGUUGAUGUCUUCAAGCUCUGGCUCAUGUGGAAGGCCAAGGGUUCAGAAGGCUUCGAAUCACAGGUCAAUAAAUGUUUGGAAAAUGCUGAGCACUUGUUUGACAAACUCAAACAAAGACCAGACUUUGAACUUGUCUUCAAAAGCGAACCUGAACACAGCAACGUGUGCUUCUGGUACAUUCCACCAAGUCUGAGGAACAUGUCACCAGGUCCUGAGAGGAACAGGAGACUCCAUGAGGUGGCACCAAAGAUCAAAGCCAAGAUGAUGGAGCAGGGGAUGGCCAUGAUUGGCUAUCAGCCGCUCGGAGACAAAGUUAACUUCUUCCGAUGUGUCUUCUCCAACCCAGCCACACAGACAGAGGAUGUGGACUACCUCUUGGAGGAGAUCGCUUCUCUUGGUCAUGACAUCUGCAUCAGGACUGAAACCGAUUUGUGAAUCGGGUUGGGUGAAUCAGGAUUUAGACCACUUUAUGAAUUAGAUUGUGGCUCAGAUCAACUUUAAAACAUGCUUUUAGAGUUUUAUUGCGUAAAUUUUCAUUUUUUAAAAUAUUCAAAUAUUUGUAUUUCAGAUUAUCAGGUAGUCAGUUAAUUUCUACAUAAAUUUUGUGUACAACAAUAUUGUAUCUAACAGGACAAUGAACAUGGUUUAAUUUUUUAAAUAUAAUUUCUCAAGUUUGACAUUUUAAAAUAUCAAUGUUAAGUAGGCAACAGUUGAUGCUGUAAUUGUAUUAACCGAUGGGUUGUUAGUGUUUAUCAUAUUGUCAUCGUGUGUGGUCUAAAAUGUUACAUUUUACUAAAAUGUCCAACAUCAUCUGUAGGUGAAGACAGAUUUGAACAAAUGCAAUCACAAAGCUCAAAAAUGGGUCAGUUAUGUUUUUCAUGUCAAAUAACAUAAAUACAAUUUUUGCUUUUGUA